CUAUAAAUGGGAGCCACAACACCAGGAAGUCGUGGAGCAGCUGAAAGAAGCACUCACGUCCGCACGCGUACUCAUCUUGCAGACCCCGAACGCGACUACGUCAUCGAAGCUGACGCCAACGACCAGGCAGUGGGAGCAGUCUUGAUGCAAGACCAGGGGAAUGGCCUGCAACCAAUUGCCUACCUCAGCAAAAAAUUACAUGGAGCAGAACUCAACUACCCGAUACACGACAAGGAGGCCCUUGCCUUCAUCAUCGCCUUCAAAACGUGGAGAUGUUAUCUCGAAGGGCGCAAGACGACAGUCUACACCGACCAUUGCGGCCUAAAAUAUUUGAAGACGCAACCAAGCCUCUCCAGGCGGCAGGUCCGGUGGAUUGACUUCCUCGAGACACACUUCCACUACGACACCGUGUACAAGCCCGGCCACAAAAACAAAGCAGACGCGCUUAGCCGGCCUGCACACCCAUGGCAAGAGGUAAGCCUUGACUUCAUCACCGGGCUACCAACUACCACAAGCGGUCAUGACGCGAUCCUCGUCGUCAUUGACAAGUUCUCCAAAAUGGGACACUUCAUCCCGACACACACCACAGCACGCACCGAGGAGACAUCACAACUCUUUGUUCGCUACAUCAUCUCACAACAUGGCAUUCCAACCACACUCAUCUCCGACCGAGACCCUAAGUUCACCAGUAAAUUCUGGAAAGAACUGAUGUCUCUACUCAGGACCAAACUCGCCAUGUCAUCCGCCUUCCAUCCGCAGACAGAUGGACAGACCGAGCGCCUCAACCAAAUUGUGGAGCAACUCCUCCGCGCAGCAUGCAAGGACGACAUCUCCACAUGGGACUUGCACCUACCCGUCCUGGAGUUUGCCUACAACAAUGCUACUCACGCCGCUACUGGACAGACGCCGUUCUUCCUCUGUUACGGACGCCACUCACUCACACCUUAACAGCCAACCAUACCAGCCAC